AUGCACAGGGAUAUCGCUUGUCGGAACUGUCUGAUUGAUGUGAAGAAAAACAUCGUCAAGAUUUCUGACUUUGGUGCAUCAAAGCAAGCAGAAUUGUAUAAAAUUCCGGAGACUGAAAAAAUACCCAUAAGAUGGCUAGCCCCUGAGGUAGUCUUAACGAGAGUAUAUACAAUGCAAAGCGAUGUUUAUUCGUACGGAAUACUUCUUUGGGAGAUAUUCAACAACGGCGAGACCCCAUACAAAGGAAUCGGCAACAAGGAAAUCAGACUAAAAAGAAAGAUUUGUACCAUGUUGCAGGUCGCUAAUCCGAAGUAUCGGCCUCGUGUAGAUGACAGCCUACCAGUUCUGGCAAGGAGGGUGAUGAAAGCGUGUUGGCGAGGGAAUCCAAAAAAGAGGCCAAAGAUGACACAAGUGGCACGCUAUCUCAUUCACGCACCACAAGAGUUGUGA